CGAUCAAUGUUCUUCAGAGAUUUCAUCAAUUGCAGAUGAUGCUGAUCUUGAUAAAGAUUACAAUCCAUCACUUAUUACCAAUCAAAAUAUUCUUCUUGAAAAUGAUGAUGGGAAUAAUAAUUUAUUUGAUAUAUCAGAUAUUCUUGAUCGUGAUGAAUUGAUGAACGAUUAUGGCGAUGAUGAGUCAAAUAAUGCAGAUGAUAAUUCUAAACAUGUUAUAAAUUCUUCAAAAAUGGUAGUACUACCUACCACCAAUAAUAACGAAAAAAAAAAAAAUGAAACACUACCAAACCCAGCUAUUGAUACUUCAAAUUAUUCUUACAUACAACAGGAUAUUUCUUCAUCACUAUUGCAGACUGCGAAUAAUGAAAAAUUUCAAAAAACUAUUAUAAACUAUUUGGCAUUUUUAAAAGUAGAGGUAUGCAAGAUAUCUAAUAGACAGGAAGAACUAUUUGAAUUGUUUAAUAACUCGCAAUUUAGUAGAUCUCUGACAGCUGCAGCUGAUGAAAGUAAUUUUGAAAUAGAUUAUUUUGUGUCAAAUUGGCCAAUAUCUGAUAUAAACGGAAUUAAUUAUAUGGAAGACAAAAUGAAAUCAGACAAUUCUUUUCAAAAACUUAUUGUGUGUGAAUUAGCCAGAACUGGUGGAAAAUCAUUGCCAAAUAUGAUAUAUAAAAUUUUGAAAAAGGUGUUUACAGAUAAAGUAUUAACUGAAUAUACUUACUACGGACUAAGAAAUAAAAAUAAUUUUUCAAUUUUAUCUAUAAAUAAAGCAAUAUUUGAGGCUAUCAAAAAGUCAAAGUUCAAAAGCUGCUGUGAUGAUGAGGUAAUUACAGCUAUAGGAAAAUGGCUCACCAGUGCUAAGGGAAGGCUGGAGAAAAAAAACCAACAGCUGUAAUAAUAGUUGAUACACUAUUAUUUUUUUUUAUAACAUUUGUUUUUAGGUUUCUAUGUUAAUUUCAAUUAAUUAUAGGUGCUAUAAUGUACCUAAACAUAAUUAUAUUAAAAGUUUAUUAUUUUUUUUUAUGCUGCGGCUGCUAUAAUAUAUAAAAGAGUUUCAAUAUAAUGAGGGCAUAUUAUACUAUUAAUUGGUAUAUUUUUAUUUUUAUUUGCAUUUUGUAUUUUUAGGCUAUAAAUAAGGCUCAUAAUAUAUUUACACUAUCAGUUCAAAUUUAAUUUUACAUUAUAUAAUUAAAACUUAAUUCAAUAGAACUCAUAAAUGUUAAUCAUUUAUUAAUUGAUGUAAUAAUAAUUAUUAUUAUGUUAAUUUUAUGGAAUUGGUAA